AUGGUAGGAGAGUUAAACUAUUUUCUAGGACUGCAAGUCAAACAGUCAGAAGAUGGAACCUUCAUGUCUCAAAGUAAGUAUGCAAAAAAUCAGAUCAAGAAAUUUGGGAUGGAGUCUGCUAAACAUGCCAAAAAACCAAUGGGAAACACGAUCAAACUGACCAAGGAUGAAAAUGGUGUAAAAGUAGAUCCAACAUUGUACAGAAGCAUGAUUGGAAGUCUUCCGUAUCUCACAGCUAGUCGUCCUGACAUUAGCUACAGUGUUGGGGUAUGUGCUUGGUAUCAAGGGGAUCCUAUGGAAUCCCAUGUGACAGCUAUAAAGCGAAUCAUUCACUAUGUGAAUGUUUUCUCUCUUUCUCGUGCAACCAUGGUGAAAACUAGAGGAAGUGGCUCUCGGUAUGUCAAGGAUUUGAAGGAUGGCUCAUUGACUGCAUCUCCAUCUCUCACCGAGAAAAGGGCUUGA